CCCCAGCGUCGGUCCGGGCGGGCGGCGCGAGCCCUCCCACUCUCCCCCGCGCCGCCUCACGGCUGCGGCCCUCGCUUCACCCCCGACGCCCGGCGUGCGCGCCUGUCCGCUCGCCCGCCCGCCCUCCCGCAGGCCCGGGGCUUCAGCCCGCUCGUCCGCCGCCGCUCGCCGCGGCCCCGCUCGCGUCCACGCUGCCUCCCGGACCGGCGCGGCCGCGGGCCACCGCUGCCCCUCCCGCCGCCACCCCGCCCCCUCCCCGCCUGUUUCGCCCGCCCGCCGCCGCUCCGGAUGAGGUGAUGGCAACAGCCAACUUCGGCAAGAUCCAGAUCGGGAUUUACGUGGAAAUCAAGCGCAGCGAUGGCCGAAUACACCAAGCAAUGGUAACAUCUUUAAAUGAAGAUAAUGAAAGUGUAACUGUUGAGUGGAUAGAAAAUGGAGAUACAAAAGGCAAAGAGAUUGACUUGGAAAGCAUCUUUUCACUUAACCCUGACCUUGUACCUGAUGAAGACAUUGAGCCCAGUCCAGAAAUACCUCCACCCUCAUCAUCCUCAAAAGUAAACAAAAUUGUAAAGAACCGACGGACUGUGGCAUCUAUUAAGAAUGACCCUCCCCCAAGAGAUAAUAGAGUGGUUGGUUCAGCACGUGCACGGCCUAGUCAACUUCCUGAGCAGUCAUCUUCUGCACAACAGAAUGGUAGCGUUUCAGAUAUAUCUCCAGUUCAAGCUGCAAAAAAGGAGUUUGGCCCUCCUUCACGUAGAAAAUCUAAUUGUGUGAAAGAAGUAGAAAAAUUGCAAGAAAAAAGAGAAAAAAGGAGAUUGCAACAGCAAGAACUUAGAGAAAAAAGAGCCCAGGAUGUUGAUGCUACAAAUCCAAAUUACGAAAUUAUGUGUAUGAUCAGAGACUUCAGAGGGAGCUUGGAUUACAGACCCCUGACAACAGCUGAUCCUAUUGAUGAACAUAGGAUAUGUGUUUGUGUAAGAAAACGACCACUCAAUAAAAAAGAAACUCAAAUGAAAGAUCUUGAUGUAAUCACAAUCCCUAGUAAAGAUGUUGUGAUGGUACAUGAACCCAAACAGAAAGUAGACUUAACAAGGUACUUAGAAAAUCAGACAUUUCGGUUUGAUUACGCCUUUGAUGACUCAGCUCCUAAUGAAAUGGUUUACAGGUUUACUGCUAGACCACUAGUGGAAACAAUAUUUGAAAGGGGCAUGGCUACAUGCUUUGCUUAUGGGCAGACUGGAAGUGGAAAAACUCAUACUAUGGGUGGUGACUUCUCAGGAAAGAACCAGGAUUGUUCUAAGGGAAUUUACGCAUUGGCAGCUCGAGAUGUCUUUUUAAUGCUGAAGAAGCCAAACUAUAAGAAACUAGAACUUCAAGUAUAUGCAACAUUUUUUGAAAUUUAUAGUGGAAAGGUGUUCGACUUAUUAAAUAGGAAAACAAAACUCAGAGUCCUCGAGGAUGGCAAGCAGCAGGUGCAGGUGGUCGGGCUGCAGGAGCGGGAGGUCAAGUGUGUGGAGGACGUGCUGAAGCUCAUCGACAUCGGCAACAGCUGCAGAACAUCUGGUCAAACAUCUGCCAAUGCACAUUCUUCUCGGAGUCAUGCUGUGUUUCAAAUCAUCCUGAGAAGGAAGGGAAAGCUACAUGGUAAAUUUUCUCUCAUUGACCUGGCUGGGAACGAGAGAGGAGCUGACACCUCCAGUGCAGACAGGCAGACCAGGCUUGAAGGUGCUGAAAUCAAUAAAAGCCUUUUAGCACUCAAGGAGUGCAUCCGAGCCUUAGGUAGAAAUAAACCCCAUACUCCUUUCCGAGCAAGUAAACUCACUCAGGUGUUGAGAGACUCCUUCAUAGGUGAAAAUUCUCGUACUUGCAUGAUUGCCACAAUCUCUCCAGGAAUGGCAUCCUGUGAAAAUACUCUUAAUACAUUAAGAUAUGCAAAUAGAGUAAAGGAGUUUGGAAUUAGUCCUUCAGACAUCCCCUUCUCCCAGGGCAGUGGCAGUCGCCCUGACCUCUCUCCUUCUUACGAUUAUGACGACUUUUCUCCUUCGAUUACCAGGGUGAAAGAAUUGACUGUAGAUCCAACUGCUGCUGGUGAUGUCCGUCCAAUAAUGCACCAUCCACCAAGCCAGAUUGAUGACUUAGAGACACAGUGGGGUGUGGGGAGUUCCCCUCAGAGAGAUGAUCUAAAACUUCUCUGUGAACAAAAUGAAGAAGAAGUUUCUCCACAAUUGUUUACUUUCCACGAAGCUGUCUCCCAGAUGGUUGAGAUGGAAGAACAGGUUGUAGAAGAUCAUAGGGCAGUGUUCCAGGAAUCCAUUCGCUGGAUAGAAGAUGAAAAGGCUCUCCUAGAGAUGACUGAAGAAGUAGACUAUGAUGUGGACUCAUAUGCCACACAACUUGAAGCUAUUCUUGAGCAAAAAAUAGACAUUUUAACUGAGUUACGAGAUAAAGUGAAAUCUUUUCGUGCAGCGCUACAAGAGGAAGAACAAGCCAGCAAGCAAAUUAACCCCAAGAGACCCCGAGCCCUCUAAGUUGGUAUUUGCUACUAAAGGAUCCCCAGAAUCCCCAAUUUUAACAAAUGGUGGUUCAACUGUAAAGGCCACUUGAACGUUUUUUGAAAUCUUAAGUGUGUGGAAAAUAUCUUGUCCUUCAUCUGAAUGACAUUUCAAUUUUGUGAGACACUCCUUUGUCUACAAAAUGCUUCUAGUCCAAGAGGCACAACUAACAAUUCGGAUUAGUGAAGUAUUUUGUUUCAUUUACCCAAAUAGUGAUUGCUUUUGGAUAUCCUUGCCAAUUUUAUUUAAAGAUUGUGGAAGUAAUCCAGACACGGAAAAUAGGGAAAGCCACAGAAUUUCCUUUAACUCAGAUCAGUUUUCGUAGCAAAACUGAGCAAUUUUGAAUACUUGCGUGCAUGCAUACCUCAUCAGUGAUUGUACAUACUUGGCCUACUCCUAGACAGUUGUGCUUACUCAUCCUCUGUGCCUUGACUAAGGCUACUGACCCUAGAUUUCUAAAACAGCCAAGAUAUAUGACAUUCCUUAUUUGUAACUGUAAAUUACCUUUACUGUGUGUACAUUUUUACUGUAUUUGAGACUUUUUUUGUGUGUGACUAGUUAAUUUUGCAGGAUGUGCCAUAUGAAUUGAACGGAACUAAAGUCUGUGACAGUGGACAUAGCUGCUGGACCAUUCCAUCUUCUUGUAAAGAAAUCUGGAAUUAUGAUUUUAAUACCAUGACAUGUGAUUAUAAUUUUCUUAGCGUUUUCUUUGUAAAAAACUAAAAUAUAAACUAGUUGGUGUAUAAUAAAAAGUCAAGAAAUUCUGAGAGGAGUUUUAUCUUAGGAUAAUACAUAUAUAUGCAGUGUGUGUGCCAGUGGUGUUAACAAGACUAAUAGUGGAAUUUGAUCCUUAACAAUGCUGUUAUUUAAGUUGAAGUAUUUAUUAGCUCACCAAAAUUUUAACGUACUGUUAAAGGAAACUGGCUUCUGAUGCAUGAACAUUUAUAUGUACACUGAAAGUAGUCCAUAAUAAAAGUUAGGUAGACCAAGCAUAGACAGUAUGUAACCCGAGAAGUGUUGAUGACUUAGGAGGCAGGUCUUACCCAGCUCCAUCUAACACCUGGUAUGUGAUUUCAUAUUUUGCCUAUAGAUUGAUGGUAAAGUAGGCUACUUUUUAAAUGGCAGCACUCACUUUUAUAGCUGCUAGUCUAAGAAAGAAAACUGGCUAAUUUUCAUGUAAAUAUUGUUUAAAGAUAUAUAGGAGUUUUCCCUUGGUUCCCACUAUAUAGUCCAGUAGGUUAAUCAAAGAACCUGCCAUGGAUCUCUUGAUAAGGGAACCUACUGAUUUACUCAGUCACCCAAGGGGAAAUCUAUAAAUAGAGUCAGUGAGCCAGAUUCUUUACUUCACUAGUAUAAAUGAGAGGGUAGCAGCUCAGGAGGACCCUAACACCAUGGUGAAAAGCUCUGUAAACAUGAAAUCUAAAUCAAAUGUAGAUUUUUUUCACAGUAUGCUUAUUAAUAAAUGAAAUUUAUGAAACAAA